CAUCUGUCAACUUACAUAUUUUAUGGCUCUGUCCAUCCAUUUCUUCUAGAACAGUCACACAAGGUUCUUCUCCGCCCGUCGAAUAUCGAAAUAGUAAAUUGUGAACAGCGUGCGCGGUGCAAAAUGUUUGGUCCAGGAUCAGCGCCUAUUGUUGUUUUAAGUCAAAACACAAAGCGAGAUGCAGGAAAAAAAGUUCAGCGUGAAAACAUCCAAGCCGGCAAGGCGAUCGCGGAUGUUAUCAGAACAUGUCUGGGACCCCAAGCUAUGCUGAAAAUGUUGAUGGAUCCAAUGGGUGGAAUUGUGAUGACAAAUGAUGGAAAUGCCAUCCUACGUGAAAUCACUGUUCAACAUCCUGCUGGUAAAUCCAUGAUUGAGAUUGCAAGAACUCAAGAUGAAGAAGUAGGAGAUGGUACUACCUCAGUUAUUGUAUUGGCCGGUGAGAUUCUAGCAACCGCUGAGCCAUUUUUAGAACAAGGAAUGCAUCCUACAGUUAUAAUCAGAGCCUACAGGCAGGCAUUAGAAGAUAUGAUUGCUAUCCUCAAUGAGGAAGUUAGCAUCGAAUUAGAUCGCACUGAUAAAAACAAGUUGGCUCAAGUGGUAAAAUCAUGCGUGGGAACCAAGUUCAUUGGCCGCUGGGCAGAUCUUGCCUGUGAUAUCGCACUGGAUGCAGUUCAUACGAUCAUGCUUGAAGAAAAUGGCAGACGUGAAAUAGACAUAAAGCGAUAUGCAAAAGUAGAAAAAAUACCUGGCGGCAGUAUUGAAGAGAGCACGGUAUUAAAGGGUGUCAUGGUUAAUAAAGACGUUACACACCCGAAAAUGAGAAGAUACAUCAAAAAUCCACGAAUCAUCCUACUGGAUUGUCCAUUGGAAUACAAGAAGGGUGAAUCCCAAACAAACGUCGAAAUUCUAAAAGACUCAGAUUUUACAAGAAUAUUGGAAUUGGAGGAGGAGCAUGUCAAAAAAGUCUGUGACGAUGUAAUUGCGCUGAAACCAGAUGUCGUAUUCACAGAAAAGGGUGUUUCAGACUUAGCUCAGCACUAUUUGUUGAAAGCUGGAAUAUCAGCUAUUCGUAGAAUGCGAAAAUCCGACAACAAUAGAGUUGCUAGAGCUUGUGGAGCAACUGUUGUCAACCGUACUGAAGAAAUCCGUGAGGAGGACGUAGGAACUGGAGCUGGACUUUUUGAGAUUAAGAAAAUUGGUGAUGAGUAUCACUGCUUCGUCACUGAAUGUAAAGACCCAAAAGCCUGCACUAUUGUUCUCCGUGGGGCUAGCAAAGAUGUUUUGAAUGAGACGGAAAGAAAUCUGCAAGAUGCCUUGCAUGUAGCCAAAAAUUUGUUGAUUGAGCCAAAGCUUGUUCCAGGUGGUGGUGCUGUAGAAAUGGCUGUUUCUCGUCUUCUCACUGAGAAGGCUGCAGCCCUUGCUGGAGUUGAGCAGUGGCCAUACAAAGCUGUUGCACAAGCUUUGGAGAUUAUCCCAAGAACGCUGGCACAGAAUUGUGGCGCAAAUACUAUCCGUACCUUGACUGCAUUACGUUCAAAACACGCAACUUCAGGAUCUACUUGGGGUAUCGAUGGUGAGACUGGAUUAUUAGUAGAUAUGAGGGAGCGUGGAAUAUGGGAGCCACUAAGCGUUAAACUGCAGACUUACAAAACCGCUGUCGAGACGGCAAUCCUGUUAUUGAGGAUUGAUGAUAUAGUUUCUGGAAGCAAGAAGAAGGCAGCUGAUAACGAGGCACCAAAACCAAGCCAAUUGUCAGAGGAAUCAAUGAAGGAUUGAUUAAUUCUUCUUUUGAAACCAGUUCUAUUUUCAUUUCUAUGUUAAAAUAAUGCUUAGCUUUAACGAAAAACAUUAUCAAAACCUAAUCGAUUUUAAUUGCUAUCCAUUCGUCGUUUAUGUAUUACUACUACGUCGUUUUACAGCUUCUACGCAUUUUCAUGUAAUAAAAAUAAAUAUUUGAAACAAAAA